AUGUCUGCAAAGGACCCCGUCGCUACCGAGUCGGCGGCCCCGGCCUCCUCGGGCCACCACGACGAGAACUUCGCGCGCGAGACUGAGACUGUCGUCGAUCUGCCCAGCGGGUGGAAGUACCGCACCUUCAACGUCUUUGGCCACCGGGUCUGGUACGCCUCGCCCCAGGUCCAGCUUAUUAUGGUCGCCUUUGUCUGCUUCAUGUGCCCCGGCAUGUUCAACGCCCUGACCGGCAUGGGCGGUGGUGGCAAGGCCGACCACACUCUCGCUGACAACAUGAACACCGCGCUGUACGCCACGUUCGCCGUCUUUGGCUUCUUUGGUGGCAGCUUCGUCAACAAGCUGGGCGUCAAGUAUACCCUGGCCUUUGGCGGCAUCGGCUACGGCAUUUACGCCAUCUCCCUGCUCGUCUCGGUCCACAAGGACGUGGCCGGCUUCAACAUCUUCGCCGGCGUCUUCCUCGGCCUGUGCGCCGGCCUGCUGUGGACUGCCCAGGGCACCAUCAUGGUCUCGUACCCCAACGAAAGCAUGAAGGGCCACUUCUUCGCCUGGUUCUGGGCCAUUUUCAACAUGGGCGCCGUCAUCGGCUCUCUCAUCCCCCUCGGCCAGAACAUCCGCGUCAAGGGCAAUGUCACCGUCGGCGACGGCACCUACAUCGGCUUCAUCUGCCUUAUGUUCUUCGGCGCCAUCCUCGCCGUGCUCCUCUGCAACGCCGAGGACAUCGUCCGCUCCGACGGCACCCGCGUCAUUCUCAAGAAGAACCCCACCUGGCAGUCCGAGCUCUACGGCCUCUGGGAGACGCUGCGCUUCGAGCCCUUCGUCAUCCUGCUCUUCCCCAUGUUCUUCUCCUCCAACUGGUUCUACGUCUACCAGUUCAACGCCAUGAACGGCUCCUACUUCGCCACCCGCACCAAGUCGCUCAACUCGCUGCUCUACUGGACCAUGCAGAUUCUCGCCGCCUGGCUCUUCGGCUACCUGCUCGAUCUCGAGAGCGUCCGCCGCACCGUCCGCGCCAAGGUCCUCUACGUCACCCUCUUCGUCCUGACCUUUGCCAUCUGGGGCGGCGGCUACGUCUUUGAGGAGAAGUACACCCGCGAGAGCAUCGCCCUCGACAGCUUCGUCCCCAUGGACUGGACCACCCCGGGCUACGUCGGCCCCAUGUUCCUGUACAUGUUCUACGGCUUCUACGAUGCCGCCUGGCAGGCCGCCAUCUACUGGUACGUUUUCCCUUCCGCUGCACCCAGCAAAGCUACAUCGUUUUCUGACAUUGUCCAAAUGAAUAGGUACAUUGGCUCCCUGUCCAACUCGGGCCGUCGCUCAGCCAACUUUGUCGGCUUUUACAAGGGCGUCCAGUCCAUCGGUGCCGCCAUCGUCAACAACCUCGACGCUCGCAAGCUGUCCUUCAAGGCCGAGUUCAUCAGCAACUGGGCCCUGCUCGGCGCCGCCCUCGUCUGCGCCGCCCCCGUCAUCUUCCUCAAGAUCCGCGACACCGUCCCCACCGAGACCGACCUGCAGAACACGGGCGAGACCCUCGAGGACGUCCUGCCCGAGGGCCACCGCGAGAAGGCCCUCGCGGCAUAG